AUGCGGACCUGCGCGCACACACACGCACUCACUCACCACGCUGAAAGCUGGUGCACACGAUUCCCACUGAAGAAGACACGGAUGUGAGAGAUCAGAAUGGGUGUAACUGGAGAAAUGAAGGAGGACGAGGCUGCGUAAGAGACACACUUGGCGGACCGAGGUGAGGACGGUCGACAGCCGCCUCAGCAGGUGUGUGAGGCAGAAGUCGAGGGCGAUCUGGAGAAGCAGCGGUCCGAUAAAGUGCUUGUGAUGUUGCGUGGGGAUGAUGCCGAAUACCAGCGCCGCUAUCACACUCUGGCCAGCAGCACACGCCGCCUCUCCAACCCAGACAUGGAGGCCUUUGCCAGACUCCAGAAGAGCAGCGACAUGGAGCAUCAGAGGAGCAAAUACCCUCCGCAGCACGCAGCCACGCUGGUCAACACCAACUGCGCUCGCCAGCAGGCCCGGACUCCGCGCGGCGCUGCGGGGUUGCAACAGCAGUCUCUGGGCGAGCAGGUAGGAGGGCGAGUGUGUUACGCAUCCGCCGAGAGUUUGGAAAGCAUGGCGGACGCUGAGAUGCCGCUGGGCUUCAGCCGCUCAAACAUCCUCAGGCAGAGUCUUCCACUCGCACGGUCGCCCAGCCAGGCCAAACUACGAGCACCAGCGGUGUUGUUUUUGCAGUUUGGUGAUGAGACGCGGCGCGUUCACAUCACUCAUGAGCUGACUAGUAUGGAGACGCUCCACGCCCUGAUCGUGCACAUGUUCCCUCAAAAACUGACGAUGGGUGCGCUGCGUUCUCCCGGUACAGCGCUGCUCAUUAAAGACGAGGCACGCAACAUCUUCUAUGAGCUGGAGGACCCUCGUGAUAUCCACGACCGCUGUCUUAUCAAGAUCUACUGCAGAGAGGCUCCGAUGCGAGACACGCACUACAGCGCACAACACACAGCACACCCCGUACACCACGGACACAUCGCCAAUGGGGACCUGCGGGUGAGCCAAAAACUGGUGGCUGUUGAACUGUUUUAGUUAUUUUUUGUUAGAUAAAAUAUUAAUGUUAGUUAAAAAUGGGUGUUUUAUGCAAAUUAAGUUUUUUUUUUUUCAUCUCGCUCUUUGUUUUACUUGACCUCAGUGCUGCAUUUGACACUAUAGAUCAUGAUAUCCUCUUAGAUUGUGUAAAUUAUACAGGUGUCCAGGGACAGGGUUUAUGUUGGUUGUCAAAAGUCAGCUCAGUAAAGUAUGGAGUGCCUCAAGGGUCGGUAUAAGGCCCUUUGCUAUUCACAAUAUGCAUGCUGCCCCUGAGAGAAAUUAUU